GAGGGGGGCGGGGCGGAGCCGUUGCCGAUUCCGACACAUCAGCGGCAGCCGGACGGACGGAGGAAAGGAAGGAAGAUGGAAGCGGCUGGCUCUGCCGGCAGCAAAAGCUGUAAAGCGGCCGCCCCGCACCCGCUCUCUAAGGACGUGCUGGGUUUCGAGGAUGACGAUGAGGACGAUGACUUGGAGGUGUUCAGUAAGCAAUACUGGACCAUGUCACCUGGCAACACUUGGCCUGGAAGCUGUACCAAGAGGAAGGAACUUAGGAUACAGACAACUUGUGACCAGAGACAAAGAAGCUGCAGCAGGGGAAGAACAGACAAGGAUGCUAGUUUCACCGAUGCAAGUUCAUUCAGUAUCUCCAUGCAAACGUCUCCAUCUUCUAUGAUCAAUCAGCACACUUUGGAAGAUGAACCUGACAGCAAAGAUAUUUUUGUCACAGUGGAUGACCCAGAAAAUCAUGUCACAGCAAUUGAAACUUUUGUCACUUACAGAAUUACUACAAAGACCACUCGAAGUGAAUUUGAUUCUUGUGAGUAUGAAGUUCGUAGACGUUAUCAAGAUUUCUUGUGGCUAAAGGACAAACUUGAAGAAGCACAUUCUACUUUAAUUGUUCCUCCGUUGCCUGAGAAAUUUGUAAUGCGAGGUAUGGUGGAACGCUUUAAUGAAGAUUUCGUAGCAACACGGCAGAAGGCACUACAUAAAUUUUUAAACAGAAUUGCUGACCAUCCUACUCUGUCUUUUAAUGAGGACUUCAAAAUAUUUCUAACUGUACAGGAUUUUGCAUCUCACAAGAAACUUGGUCCAGGAUUCAUCAGUAAAAUGGGUGAAACAGUCAGGGCUGUUGCUAGCACAGUUAGAAGUGUUAAGAAUCGACCCGAUGAAUUCACAGCCAUGGGUGACUAUGUGGACAUUUUCCGUCAAAAAAUGGGAACGUUGGAUAAAAUCAGCCAAAGGAUUUUAAAGGAACUAAGAGAACACUUGGCUGAGAUGAAGGAAUACGGUCCCAUUUAUACUCAGUGGUCCGAAUCUGAACAAGAGUUGGCUGAACCUUUGAAAGGAGUAGCUAGUUCAAUUGAAAACUGCUGUAAGGCCAUUGAAGGACUUACAAUGGGCCUCACAGAGGAUUUGCUUCCUGCUUUGCAUGAAUAUGUUCUAUGUGCAGAAACUCUGAAGUCCGUAUUGAAGAGAAGAGACCUCAUUCAGGCAAAUUACGAAUCACGAGUUGAUGCUUUAACUAAUAAGAAAGCUGAUAGAGAAAUGUUGGAGCACUCGGAUCUAAGCUUUACAUUUGGUGCCUUCUUGGGUAAAAACACAGUGGAAAUGAAACAACAGAAGCAGCAAAAGAUUGAUCGUGAAAUUGAGGAGCUUCAGGCGGAUAUUGGACGACUUGAGGAUAAAGUAGAAUGUGCCAAUAGCGAUUUGAAAGCAGACUGGGAAAGGUGGUCUAACAACAUGCGGAGUGACUUGCAAUCUGCUUUCCAAAAUGCGGCUGAAAAUAAUAUUCAUUAUUUUGAAAGGUGUCUAGCUACAUGGGAGUCUUUCCUGGCCUUUCAACAGACUGAGAUUAAAGCAGACAAGAAUGGUAAAGAAAGCACAUAGGAACAAAUCUGGAAUUUGGCUGAGCUGCUGUGUACAAGUAUUACUUUUCUCUGACUCGAAUGUGUAUAUGUGCAUUUAAGGAAAAAUACUAGACUCUCUAAUCUUUUUUAACCUUUUGAUGGAACAACACUAUUUACCCUUUUUACAUUCUUUUAAUUAUUUUGAUGACUUGAACAUUCUACAAUCCAAAGAAUAAGCAGAUUAAUAGAAUUAUCCAAUUUUAAACGUCAGGUAAUGCUUAAGUUAAUGCCUUUGCAAAAUUAGCUAUCAAUGCAAAUGAAUGUUUCUGAAAUAACAAUUUACCACAAAAUGAAAGGAUGUUUACUUAAAUGAAUUCAACUGCCUUAAAUUGUGUCUUAGUAGAAUAACAAUCAUUCUAGACAGCUUUCUAAAAAUUAUUCUUUUUCUCUCCCAUCUUCCCCCGGUUGGGGAAUUCUGUUGGAAAUUUUGGGUGCCAACAGUGUGCGUCACAUCAGUGCAGUAACAUGCCAAUGAGUUGUGCCACUGGACAAUCUUGUCUUGCCUUGAGGUUUAUUAUUGUUUAUUACUUUGGAUUAAUUGGACUUAUUUUUUCAACUUUAUUUAAAUGAGAAACACAUUUGGAGUGAAAUUGGGCUCUGGCAAUAUCACAAAACAGCCAUUAACUACUCAGCUGCAUGCUGGAAAGUCUAGAACUAGGGAGCAUAGAUUCACGAUAAUGGGUCAAUCAUUUAAGACUGAAAUAAGAAGGAAUUUCUUCACUAAGAGGGGAAUGUGAAUCUUUGGAAUUCUGCAUCCCAAAGGGCUGUGAAUACCAGUCAAUGCAUAUACUUAAGGCUGAGAUAGACUUUUGGACUGUAAGGGGAUCAAGCAGGAAGGUUGAAUGGAAACCUAUGAUAUUGAAUUGUAGCACAGGCUUGAAGAGCCACAUAGCUCCUAUUUCUUAUUUUCUUACCUAUGUUUUCCACCCACCCUGUUUCUUUUCCAUUGACUUCACUUCCAUUUUGUGCAAAGGCCAAAGACCAUUCCACCUACAAUUUCUUUUAAUGUGCCAGUAUAUUCAACUGGUUGGAGUGCAUGCCUUAUAUCGAAGAGCUAUAGCCCAAUUUGUGUAAAAUCUGUUUUUUUGCAUUAGUAUACAUCCUUUUAAGCAUAUGUUACUUUUAGAAACUAAAUAACUGGGGCUUUUAAAGAAAAUUGUGUUAUGUUAUCCCUAUUAUUUUUUAGUUUUCCUCGACAGCUCGUGCCUUUUUGAGGGUAAUAACAUGCAUUAUUUGGUGAUAAAAGUACAUGUUUAUUUAAUCCUCAAUAACUAAGCCAUUGAUGAAAGAAGUGUGGUAUUUGGCUUUUUAAAAACAUUGUGAUGAAGUGUAUCAGGGAAAUUUGGACUUAGUGUGCAUCCACAAACAGCAUUUUUUUGACCAAGCUCGUUGUAAAACAUUUUGGUCUGUAAUUUCUAGGAGUAUUUUGAAAUAUACUGGGCUAGAGCAAAAUGUACUUAACUGACAUACUGGACCAAAUAAGCACCAAAAAUUUACUGCUCUUUUGAAUUGCAGAGAAUGGUUUCAUAUUUUUUAUUGCUGAUUACUGAAAAUAGACUUUUUCUUAAAAAAGUAUUCAAAUUAUUUUUCAACAAAAUAACUUUGUUGUCUUAAAUUUAAGUAUGGUAUUUUUAAAUGCUUGUUAAAAUAAAGUAGAUGGACUAUUUCAAAAUAUUAAACUAAGCUUACCGUGUCUGAUUUGAUAUUUUGUUGGGUGACCAGUAAAGGCAAGUUCUUCAUUAAAGUAGAAUUGUGAACUGGUAGUAUAUGUGAUUUAUAAACUUGUUUUCUUCCAAGUAAAAUUGAAUAGACACUAGGUUUGGGUUAAAACACUUUCCAGAUUAGUAAUAUGCAUGUCUCAAUUUGAAUGUAUUUAUCUUAAUGUACAGUAUUCAAUUCUGUUAAAUGCAUUUGUGAAAAUGUAGACAUUGUAUGAGAAUGUGAUUUAUAAUGUGGCGAAAUAGUAAAUGGAAAAUAAAGGUCUGUAACAAUUAAA